AGACAGGCUUCUAGCAGUAUUGGUGCUGUAGCUACUUGAUAUUUUGGGGUGGGGAGGUUUGGCAAACCAGAGCAUGAGGGCAGAAUUGGGGGACACUGUUUUGGAAGAGUUCUACCUCUGUAUCAAAUAUGAAGGAAGAAAGCAAGCCUUUGUUUGCACUUGCCAUUCCCUCUUCUGGAACACUCUUCUCCCAGGUAGCUGGAUAGCUUUUUUCUUUAUCAGCUAAAACGUCAUCAUUUAGGAAGGCAUUCCUAAAUAUCGCAAUCUAAAGUAUUCCCCCAUUAUCUAUAACUCACUUUUCUCAAAAGAUUUAAUUCCGCUUUCUCAAAAGAUUUGUUCCUUGCUUUCAGUACAUAGCCCUAGGAAUACAGAAACCAGGACUACUAUCUUAGUAGAUGAUGUUGCAUUUUCCAGUGCCUGGUACAGUACUGGGUGUCAAGUCAGAGCUCAAUAAUAAACAAUUAUUGAAUGAAUGAAAAGAGAUGGAGGUCGGAGGAAUUUAGCAAAGGAGCUGCAUAAGAGGUUCAAAAUCUUUAAACGCAAAUAUAACGCUUAGCACCCUCUGCAGGUGAGGGUUGGAGAGUGGGUGCUUUAAGAAUAACCGCGGGGGAGCUCAGGCAAAUCUCGCUCAGGCAGAAGCUUUUAGACUGUAAUUCCCAGCAGCCACCAGGAGCCUCAUGGCUUGAUAGGAAAGGUAAACCCUGACUUGUACGUCCCUGUCCCGCCCCUCCAGCGGGUCGCCCGCGAAAUCUAAUCCGGUAUGCGGAGGUCCAAUGAAGAAGUGGGUCCAAGUCCCGCGAGAGCACGUGGCUCACAGCGACUACUGGGCUAAAGAACGCGCUGCGUUCAGCAUUGGUAUUUAUUACCUUGUCGAUCUCGCCUGCCGGGGUUUUCUGCCCCCUCCCGGAGGAAGAAGGGAGGCGCAGUAUGGAGACGCCGGAGGAGCCGCUUUUAGCUCCAGACUGCCUUCCUUCCGACGAGACCCCAGCUCCAGCCCGUCUCUCACCUCAGGCUUCCUCUAUGGAUGAAAACGCGGAUCCAGAACUCAGGGCAUCGCCACGCGAUGGGGAUGACCCGCCCCGGAUGUCCCCAGAUGCCGUGGCUGGCUUACCUGCCCAAGAGCUGGGGGAGGAGGACCGAGCUUCUCACUCCAGCCCUCCGGAAACAAGGCUUGGUACUCCUAGUGAGUUGAGCCCUCGAACCGAGGAGCAAGAACUUUCUGAAAAUAUGAGCCUUCUUUCAGAAGGACCGAACAAGCCAGAGUUGGAGCCGGGAGAAGCCAUGGAAGGUGUAUUUGAAGAGCCUGCUCCAGAAGAUGAGGGAUGCACCACUUGGAAGUACAGCUUCUCCCAGCUACCUCGGUUUCUCAGUGGUUCCUGGUCAGAGUUCAGCACCCAACCUGAGAACUUCUUGAAAGGCUGUAAGUGGGCCCCUGAUGGUUCCUGCAUCUUGACCAAUAGUGCUGAUAACAUCCUGCGGAUUUAUAACCUGCCCCCAGAGUUGUACAGUGAGGGUGAGCAGCUGGAAUAUGCAGAAAUGGCCCCUGUCCUGCGAAUGGUGGAAGGUGAUACCAUCUAUGAUUACUGCUGGUAUUCUCUGAUGUCUUCAACCCAGCCAGAUACCUCCUAUGUGGCCAGCAGCAGCCGGGAGAACCCAAUUCACAUCUGGGAUGCAUUCACUGGAGAACUCCGGGCUUCCUUUCGUGCCUACAACCACCUGGAUGAGCUGACAGCAGCCCACUCGCUCUGCUUCUCCCCGGAUGGUUCCCAGCUCUUCUGUGGCUUUAAUCGGACUGUGCGUGUGUUUUCCACGGCCAGGCCUGGUCGUGACUGUGAAGUCCGAGCCACAUUUGCAAAAAAGCAGGGCCAGAGUGGCAUCAUCUCUUGCAUAGCCUUCAGCCCAGUCCAGCCCCUCUAUGCCUGUGGCUCUUAUAGCCGUUCCCUGGGUCUGUAUGCCUGGGAUGAUGGCUCUCCUCUUGCCUUGCUGGGAGGGCACCAAGGAGGUAUCACCCAUCUCUGCUUUCACCCUGAUGGCAACCGCUUCUUCUCAGGAGCCCGCAAGGAUGCUGAGCUUUUGUGCUGGGAUCUCCGGCAGCCUGCUCACCCAUUGUGGUCUCUGAGUCGCGAGGUGAUCACCAAUCAGCGUGUCUACUUCGAUCUGGACCCGACCGGGCAAUUCCUAGUUAGUGGCAGCACUGGUGGAGCUGUCUCUGUGUGGGACACCAGCGGGGCUGGGCGUGAGGAGAAGCCGGAGCCAGUGCUGAGUUUUCUGCCCCAGAAGGACUGCACCAAUGGAGUCAGCCUGCACCCUAGCUUGCCUCUGCUGGCCACAGCCUCUGGGCAGCGUGUGUUUCCAGAACCCACGGAGAGCGGGGAUGAGGCGGAGCAGGAGGUGGAACUUCCUUUGCUCUCUUUGCGCCAUGUCCACCUUGAAUGUCAGCUUCAGCUCUGGUGGUGUGGGGGGCAUCCAGAUACCAGUGUCCCUGAUGCUCACCAGGGCAAGAAGGGACAGGGAGGGACAGAGGUAGGUGGGGAAGAGUUUAUAUAAAAAGGUUUUAUAUACUAAAGUCUUUGUGUCUUUCUGGGGAGGCAGAUGAUGGAGAUGAGGGCCAGAAGGGAUACUAGUGGGCUCCCUUGUCCAGCAGCAGUAGGGACUGGCAUAUUGUUCC